UUAGUUAGUUUACUAAAAUAUGAUCUGUUCCAGUGGCACAAAGUGGAAUAUGGAAAGUGUGCAUCAGUCACAUUAGCAGAAAGUACUAUCAAGCUGGAAUACACCAAAAAUAAUAUUGUACAAAAACUGUUGUGUUGUUUUUGUGAUCAUUUAGAGAUGAUUUUGAAAUGUAACAUCUUUUCAUCAUCUCACAACAGCUUCCCUAUCUCUGCUUCAAAGGAGCUUCCCCAAAGCAUGACGCUGCCACCACCAUGUUCAACUGUGGGCACUUUGUGUUCAGGGUGAAGUGAAGUUUUUACCAGACAUCAUUUUUGUAAAGAACCAUAAGUAUUAUGAGGAUAUUUAAGGUGUUUCUGCUUGUGCUUAUGAAAAUAAAGGAAUAGAAUAUCUAGCAACCCAGCGGGGGCCUGGGGGUCCGCUCCACUUCACCUUUCACCUACUUGAUAAUCCAGCCUUGCACAAGGCAGUGAAAUGAUUUCUUCAAUUUUUAUCUCUUACUCUCAUUCCCAUCAGCUGACUGUUUAAUGAAAAUCCAUAAAACAUUAGCAAUGAUUGUUUGUACAUAAUGUUCCAGACCUGAACUGGAGUCUUCUUUAUUUAAUUAUUCUACAUUUACAUUUGACCUAAACAAAAAUCAGCUCUGUUUCUGUAAAUCAGUAUUCAUUUUUAAUAUUUAAAUAAUCAGAUUUAUCACCGGUUGAGAUGAUUUGCAGUUUUUUUUUUUCUGAUCGAAGGGACAGCUUCAAAUUUCACAAAUUAGACGAAUGAAUGGAGUUUGUUAUGCAACAAGUUUUAAUGUCCUCCGCAGCCGUUUCACUUUGAUCAGCUUUUAUCUCGGCCCAUGCAAUCAUCUCAGCUGACCACGCAUUGGGGUCAGAGGUCACUGAGGCAGAGGUGAGACCACUGAGCUGCUCCUUCUUCCCACUUUUCGACACACUCAAAGUGGGAAACCUUCGUUCACUCCAGUGGUGUUUUAAUUGAACGGAACUGUAAGCGCUGAACAAAUGUUUUAUGAGCUUCUAUAAAAGUAAUAAAGUAGUGGAAGUUGCUUCUCUCUUGUCUCUUUCCCUAUCUUGCUCAUUGACUGUCUCAAAGGCCAAAUGUAAACAAUCAGGCUGACUGUCUUGGAGCCGUGGGCCUAUCAGAGGGCGUCCUGAUGCCUGUGUGAUGUAUGAUUGGAGGGCUAGCUCUGGCUAACCGUGUAUUAACAGGUCUCUGUGGAUUUUUAGUGUCACUUCCUCCUCGUGGCAGCAGCAGCAGCAGUGUUGCCAGGGUCGCUGUCCGUGGAUGAUCAGCAGAGAUUAAACAUCUGCUACUUUCUGUUCCAGGUUAGUGGCAAAAACUGGAUAGAACGAUAGAGUUAUACUUUUGGUCACCUCCUGACCAGCAUUUGUCCAGCACCUGUGACGUCUAACCUGUGAUCUUUCCUGAGUCCCCAAGCCCACAUCUGUAUUUCCAGUGCCACAGCAGCAUGCUGAGCCAGGAGUUCCUAGAGAAGAUGAAGGCCUUGGAACUGGAAGACGUGAGCCAGUACAUCAGGAACAUCUCCACCCCCAUGUUGGUCAGCAUGGGAGCAGUGGCCGCUGCCACCACCUACUACCUGGCUAUGCGACCCAAAGCCCUCCCACCACUCUGGGACCUGCACACGCAGUCAGUCGAGGUUCCGGGCAGUGAUUUUGUGCAUCACUCAGCGCUUCAGAAAGAAGACGGUUACAUGACUCACAUCUAUGAAGAUGCCAGAACUAUGUACGAGUCCUUCAUCAGAGGAGCAAGAGUCUCCAAUAACGGUCCCUGUUUGGGCUACAGGAAACCAAAACAGCCUUAUGAGUGGAUGUCUUACAAAGAGGUUAUGAAGCGAGCAGAAAAUCUGGGUUCUGCGUUUCUUCACAAAGGACAUUCAAAAACCACCAACCCCUACAUUGGUAUUUUCUCUCAGAACAGACCAGAGUGGACCAUCAGUGAGCUGGCCUGCUACACCUACUCCCUGGUGUCCGUCCCUCUUUAUGACACACUGGGAACAGAGGCCAUUUCUUACAUCAUAGACAAAGCUUCCAUCUCUACCAUAGUGUGUGACGUGAUGGACAAGGCCAGCCUGGUGCUGCACUGCCUUGCGGACAUGAAACACUCAGUGAAGACCAUCGUUCUGAUGGAGACUCCCAGCACCAGCCUGGUGGAGAGGGCCCAGCAGGCCGGAGUCCACAUCCUGAGUCUGCAGGAGAUGGAGGCUCUCGGUCAGGCCAACUACAAGGAACCGAUUCCUCCUCAGACUAAUGACAUGGCGGUCAUCUGCUUCACCAGUGGAACAACAGGAAGCCCGAAAGGCGCAAUGCUAACACAUGGCAACAUUGUGUCCAACUACUCUUCCUUCAUCAAACUGACAGAGCUGUGCUGUCCGCUGAAUUCCAGCGACGUCCAUAUUUCCUACCUACCCUUGGCUCAUAUGUUUGAAAGAUUAGUCCAGGCGGUCAUGCUGGUGCAUGGAGCCAGAAUCGGCUUUUUCCAGGGAGACGUCCGCCGGUUAUCGGAUGAUCUGAUCGCGCUGAGGCCUACGGUGUUACCAGUCGUACCCAGACUUCUCAACAGAAUGUAUGAUAAGAUCUUUGGGCAGGCCAACACGUCUUUGAAGCGCUGGCUGCUGGAUUUGGCCUACAGGAGGAAACAGGCAGAGGUCGAGAAAGGCAUCGUGAGGACAGACAGCAUCUGGGAUCGACUCAUCUUCAGGAAGGUCCAGGCCAGCCUCGGAGGCCGCGUGCGUCUCAUGGUCACGGGAGCGGCCCCCAUCUCUCCUACAGUCCUCUCCUUCCUCAGAGUUGCUGUUGGCUGUCAGUUCUUCGAAGGCUACGGGCAGACGGAGUGCACCGCCGGAUGUGCGAUGACCCUUCCUGGCGACUGUAGUGCAGCAGGUCAUGUCGGACCGCCUCUGCCCUGCAACGCCAUCAAACUGGUGGAUGUCGCUGAGAUGAACUACCUGGCUGUAAACGGGGAAGGAGAGGUGUGUGUGAAGGGUCCAAACGUCUUCCAGGGCUACCUGAAAGACCCAGAGAAGACCGCAGAGACAAUAGAUGCAGACGGAUGGCUGCACACAGGAGACAUUGGGAAGUGGCUUCCUAACGGCACUCUGAAGAUUGUCGACAGGAAGAAGCACAUUUUCAAGCUGGCCCAGGGCGAGUACAUCGCUCCUGAGAAGAUCGAGAACAUCUACACGAGGAGUGAUGCAGUGGUGCAGGUGUUUGUGCAUGGAGACAGUCUGCAGGCUUGUCUGGUAGCAGUGGUGGUCCCUGACCCCGACUUCCUGUGUAGCUGGGCCAAGAGGACGCUGAGGCUGCAGGGAAGCUACCAGGAGCUGUGUGGGAAAAUGGAGGUCAAGGCAGCCAUCUUGGAGGACAUGCUGCGGCUUGGCAAAGAGGGAGGCCUCAAGUCCUUUGAGCAGGUUAAGGCCAUCCACAUCCAUACAGAGAUGUUCUCCAUCGAGAACGGCCUGCUCACCCCAACAAUGAAGGCUAAGAGGAACGAAAUGCGCCAGUACUUCAGGUCCCAGAUAGAUGAGCUGUACGCUGGGAUCAGCAUGUAGGAGGGCUCACUGGCUCCGUUUAUGUUGUGAAGAGGGAAAGAGGCGGCCAACUGGGGGGAGCAAGUCUAAACAUGAAGCUCCAAGGUGCCGAGCUUCAACACAAGAAACGAUCAGAGCAGGCCGACAUGCAGCUUUUAGGGUUUGUGAAGCAUUUCCAAGAUGGAAUCUGUGGAACACUAAACCUCACAGUCCAGAGGAGUUUUUACACAUGAAGUGUUUUCUAUGACCAAACCUCACUACAGUACAAAUGUAUGAUUUAAAAAAAAAUUUAUUUAAGAUGAUUCCAAUCAGCUCUUAUGUGAACAUUUUAAAGGGAAAUAGUCUCUCCUGCUCCAUCAGGAAUCAUGAUGUGAACAGCUAUAUGUACAAACUGAUUACAAGCCAUAUAUUUAAGCUAAUGGUCCUUUGCUAUUGGACUCUUUUAUUUUGCUGGGGUUCCUGACAUCAGAAGACUAUUGGUCACGGGGUGGAGCCUCUGUUUGGAUCACAGGAGUGAUGCUCUUACAAUAAUCCAUUAAAACUCCCAACAGAGUCCAAAAAGCCACACGUCGAGCUACACUGCGAGGUGCUAGUGGAAAAGGACCACAACAGUCUUAGCCAUUUUUAUAUCAACAUCGUCAUCUUUGUACAUUAAAUGUGCAUUUUAAACUGUUUUCACUGUUAAUGUAAGAAUAAAUUUGGUACCUCAUGUACUAGUUUAGACACUAAGGACAACGCAGUCUGAUCUAGCUGUGUUUGGGUACCUAUGGGAACAACAUGGGAAAUUUUUGUCAAUGUAUUAAUUUAUUUAUAAUAAUGAUGAGAAAAGGUUACUGACUAAAGUACCUUUCCUAAAUGAAUGUUUUUUUAAUGAAAAUUUAAUCAAUAGAUUGUCAUUUUGUAAAAGAUUUCAUUAAAGAAAUUUUAAAAGUCUGUGUAAA